AUGUACCCUGUGUACUGUAGCUAGCUUUAAAAGGGAAGAGGUUUGUUUUAAGAGGUGGUUUUACACAUAUUUAAAUCCAGUUAAUUUAAGACAUAUUAAAAAUUAAUUUAGACACGUUUAACGCUCGCUAGCUAAAGUUUAUUUUUAUCUGUUGUUUUUGUGGUGAAAUUUCAGCCAUGCUAACCAGCUAGCUGUAGCUUUAGCUACCUAACUCAUUUAGGGCAGUGCUGUGUUCUGCUGUAUUAGCUUGGUUAGCUAGCUUAGCUAAGUUAACAACGUUAGGUUAUAUAGUUAGCUAUAUAUCACAUUAGUCACUAUAAUCAUGGUAGAAAACUCUCCAUCUCCGGUGCCUGAGAGAGCUAUUUAUGGGUUUGUGCUGUUCCUGGGAUCACAGUUUGGCUUUUUGCUGUAUUUAGUAUGGGCGUAUGUUCCUGAGUCCUGGCUCCACUCUAUUGGAUUGACGUACUGGCCUCAGAAGUACUGGGCUCUUGCUAUUCCGAUCUACCUGUUGGUUGCUUUAGCAGUGUGUUUCGUGCUGCUGUUUGGAGUCAAUAUGAUGAACACUGCUCCUCUGUGUUCUGUGAACAACAUCACAGAUCGCUAUGCUAAGAGUCAGCGUGGGGUGUCUUCUCAGGAAGAAGCUAUUCCCCGACUGCGGGACGUACCCAUCAGUGAAGUCAACCGUCGCUUCUAUCUCUCACAACAUGAACUCCAGGACCCUAGAACCUGAGUGCAUUCUGACAUGAUGCCUCGUGUCCCCAAAUUUCUGAUCUGCAUUGAUCCAUACAGACGGCCAGCAUCCAGUAUCGGUUGUCGUCAGCCCAGGCCUCUGGAGUUUGCUGAGGUUUUAGAUGCACCUUUUCCAUCACUCACUCAUGACAGGACAGGCAUUUGACUCUAGGAUGAACCCUGGAGGUUCUGAUGGUGUGCUAAUCACAUGACCUCCAGAGAGGACCCCCAGAGACUGCUGUGCUGAAAAACCUGCGUCAGGUAGAUGGGCUGCUUUCAUGGAGAAGUAAAAGUGAUUGCUCACAAAAGCCGCUCAGGAUCUUUUUGUCUGGUUUUGCAGCUUUGAAAGUGGCUGGUUUCUUGUUUUUUUUUUGUUUUUUUAAUAAAUGCUAAAUAAAUGCUAAAAUAUCAAAUGAUGUAAUUGUUUUGCUGCUGAAUCUGUUAUUUAUUCUUGUAUUGUGUCAAAACUAGAAAUGCUCCAAUUAAAAAAAACAGCACAGUA